AGAAAUCAAGAAAGAAAAGCAGCUUGGGUGAAAAGUAUGCGACGCGAAAACAUGACGGCCACUGAUCACUUAUCAAUAUGUUCAAAACAUUUUGCUCCAGAUUGUUUUGACAAAAAUAAAUUUGGUGGAACUUGGCUAAAAAAUGAUGCUGUGCCAACAAUAUUUAACUUUCCAGCCAACCUUCAAAACGACAAUUCUAAAGAAAGAAAGUCGAUCAAAAGAAAUUUGGAUGAAAGUGAUCCACUGCAAGAAGAAAAAAGGAGUGAAUAGCUUGACAGAUCAGAAGAACGUCGAUUCAAAUAUGUUACCCUCUAGGAAUGAAGAAGUUAACACGCCCGAUGUUGAAAUGCAGUAUUCUAAGAGCACGACUACAAGUCUCUUGAGUAGCUCUGACAUCGUUGUCAAACAAGAAAUCAUCGAAACAGAACUAGAAUCUAGCAUAUGCGAUGAUGCGUCAUUUCAUUCGUCGAUAGCCGAUAGUUCUUCCGAAGCACAGUUCGAGGGACAAAGGGCAAACACAUCGGAUGUGGCACAUGCAGAAUCUUCAAACUCUAAUACAAAAAUACUUCCAGCCCAUGUUGUUGGAAAAGCAUUUACACAAACUCGAUGUUUGAGUGCUGUGGAAGUUGAAUCUGACGUUUCUACGAAUUCUUAUGACUUAAUUUCUGAAAACAAUAGUGGAAAUGAAUCUAUGCUUCCUGGAAAUCCAUCGAACUUCUCAUCUUUGCCACAAAGUAGUUCUAGUCUUGAAAGCUCACGUGAUACUGAGUCCAUCCAAAGUAAGAUUCCGUCUCAUUCACGAAUGAGGGACAGGUUUGACGUUUUCGGCGAAUUCGUCGCUUCAAAAUUACGAAAUCUAGAUUCGAAAUCAAUUGUCUUCAUUCAGACUACUAUUGCAGAUCUGUUACUUAAAGCUGAAUUGGGAAUGUUUCAAACAAAGACGAAAAUAGGGUACUAGAUGACGACAUUGAAAAAGCUGCGUUUCUUCUUGAUGAACUUGAAAAUGUCCAUAGUUCAUCGAGCAAAACGAAUAGUAAACUUAAAAUUCCUUCUCAGAUGGAAAAUCCACAUUUGAGCA